CUAUUCGAGUGCCAUUUUGUUUUGUUCUCAGGAGAUGGUCAAGAAUUUAGGUCUCGAAAAACUUGCGGCCAAAUCUACGAGGAAACCGAAGAGUGCCUUCGAAAUUCAAAAAGCUACGUGCCGUCAUCGUCACUUUUCAAAAUUGUGGAGUCUACACGAUUUCAACGACUUGACUCAUCCCUGGGUGUUUACACAUCUUACACGACAACAUGCCUCACGCCGCGAUGCCCUCGCCGGGCUUGCAGGCCUUGAUUCUGUGCGGGCCAGGCGCUUCAUUAAACACCUUCACGUCAAAUCCUAAGGAUUUUCCAAAGGCGCUGGUCCCCAUUGCUAAUAGGCCGAUGGUAUGGUAUGCGUUAGACUGGUGCUAUCGGAUGGGAGUGAAUGCCAUCACUGUUGUAACUCCUCCAGAAUCCGAGCCGGCAUUGCAAUCAGCGUUCAAAACACAUCCGGCUCUGACAAGUUUGCCAUCUCCAAGACCAGAUAUUAUAGCACCCGCAGAGCUUCAGCAGACAAGCGGAACCGGCCAGAUAUUGCGUCUGCCCGAAAUUCAAAAGUGUAUCACGACCGAUUUUGUGAUUAUACCUUGCGAUUUGAUCUCUGAAUUGGACGGAAGCAGACUGAUCCAGCAAUGGAUCACCCUAAAUCCACUGACGAGUGCUUCUGGCACUGCCCAGAGAGGAGGUCUCGGACUUUUCUAUCCGACACAGGGUCUCGAGGGUAUCAGCCACAAGAAGGAUGAAACAGACUUUAUUGCAACCACCCCGGUACCUCAAGCACCUGUCCCGCCACCUCAAGGAUCCUUGCGAGCCGAGAUUGAGCGAGUGGUCAUGACAAUGCCCACUGAUACGCUCAACGAUAAGCUAGAAGAGGACAAGGAGGUCCUCAAAAUCCGUACCCAACUGCUGCACAAACAUGGCCGCGUCAAGUUAAAGACCAAAUACCGAGACUCGCACGUUUAUGUAUUUCCCCGAUGGGUCAAAGAUUUUGCAGCGCAGAAUGCCCGCUUUGAAUCCAUCAGCGAAGACAUUCUCGGUUGGUGGGCAAAGGCAAGCUGGCAGAAAGGCCUCGCGGAGAAGCUCGGUAUGCAGGACGUCCUCAUACGAAAGCGAUCGACGAUAACGGACAUGGAUGGAUCGAUGAUGGAUGACGACGAUGCGGCUGAAGUAGAAAUCCUAUCAAGCACGCGAGCUUUGGACAAGACACAGUCAUCGUCUGCCAAAUUUGCGCGUCGUGUGGGUAGCACUUCCGACACUACAGCGCCGCAGAUUGUCGUCCCACCUCUGCUAGCAUACAUUCAGCCUCCCCACACAAUAGGGGCGGCGACUGCGAGCAACCCACUGAUCCGGCGUGUGGACACCAGCGCAGCCAUUCUCAACAUUUCACUCUAUCUCGCCAAACAGCCCACAACGCACGUUCUUGCGCACGAAUCGAAGGUCCACCCAACAGCGCAGAUCGGGCAACAGAGUCGUGUGGCUACAGAAGACAGCUUAGUCGCGGAGAAUGUCAACAUCGGCACACGAGUCGUCAUCAAAGAGUCGGUGAUUGGAGCAAACUGUGAGAUCGGCAACAAUGUUCGUCUGACUCGAUGUCUCCUCAUGGACGGAGUCCGUGUGGGUGACGGCGUACAACUGACAGGUUGUAUUAUUGGCCGGCGCGCUCGUAUUGAAGGGAUGAAGCCUGUGGAACCGAUUCCGACGUCAGCGGACGGUGCAGAUGCUGCGAUCCAGGGAAAGAAGAAGAAAAGCAAUGUGGACGAUGAUGACGAGAGAACGAAACUUACCGAGUGUGAGGUGGCCCCGAACUUCGUCGUUGAAGCUGGCACAGAGGCCAAGGGUGAAAAGCUGAUGCCCUUUGAUACUGACGACUUGGAUGAUUUGGAGGAUGAUGAUGCCGAGAACAUGAACGAUGGCCUAUGAGUAUUCGGGAUAGCUUGCCAUAAGAACAAUGAAACUUGAAUUUUGGCCGUCCAAAUCCACUUCGCGCCAACGCUCCCCUACAAACAGGCAAACCUUUACCUCAUCUUCUUUUCUCCCACGCUGCAACGGUCAUGGUCUACUUCUAGCUCAUGGCUUUUCAUAUGCUUGGGUCAAAAUGUAGCCUGAACUUCUUGGUGGCGCGGUCUGGAGCACGCGCCUCGAAUUGACUCCCAUAGAUC